GUUGUACGGAACUCUACGCCUGGACCGUUUGAAAUGGCAGCUAUCUAUGGACAUUACAACUUCUGGAACAUAACAAGCGAGCAGGCUUUACAAGAACCUUGGCUUCGUCAAGAAAAUGUCAAGCCUCUGGCGGUCACUAGUUCUAUUCUCUCGAUUGUCAUGGCGCCCAUAAUAGUGCUUGGCAAUUUGCUGGUCUUGUUAGCAGUUUGGAAAGAUCCCCUUAAGAAACUUCGCUCAUCACCAUCCAACUUCAUUUUGGUCUCCAUGGCUCUCGCUGAUCUGUCAGUCGGCUUGGUGGUUUGUCCAAUCACUGCGUAUUGGCGCUGGGUAAUUUUUGACACAAAAAUAUCGCAUUUUGGUCUUUCCGUUAUUUUUGCCAUCAACGUUUUCUCUGUUAAUGUGAGCUUCGGCCACAUGUUGCUGUUGACAGUGGAUAGACUUUUCGCCGUGGUAACACCGCUCCAGUAUCGUUGUAAAAUAACGAAUAAACGAGUGCUCGUCGCUUGUUGUGUUUGCUGGAUGUACUUCGUGGCGUUCGGGUGUUCAUUUCUUGUGUUUCAGGACUAUUUUGUCAUAAUGGUAACAAUCUAUAACGUACAGCUCUUAUCCAUUCUCUUGAGCAUUCUUAUAAUGUACGCAGUUAUGAUGUUCCAUUUCCAUAGGUACUCAAAAACAAGAGUAAAAGAACAGCGCCAUUCAAUAGACAGUCGUCUGAUGAUCCUGAAAAGAGAAAGAAAUCUCUUCAAAGCGAUCGCCAUCAUCAUCUGUGCAUUUCUUAUUUGCUACAUGCCCUGGUUUACAGUUGAGCUAUUGAAAUAUUUGUGUAAACUAUGCCACCCUCAUGUGGCAUUGCUUAUGAUAUUUUUUGGAUUUGCAACCAAUUUAACUCACGCAAACUCCUUCUUAAACCCGAUACUUUAUUCAUGGCGGCUUCCAAAAUUUAGAGAAACAUUCAAGUACUUUUGGAAAAACCGAAAUUUUGGAAGACUGCACUGA